AAACGCCUAAUGUAUUGUUACUACUCCAGGUCAGGGCAUACUCCUAUGGGAAUUGUCUGGCGACUGCCAACGCAGGAAACUUGGUCAGGUCGACAAUAUCUAGUUAGGUAGGUAAGAACUUGCCCGUCCAAUGUAUGGUGAUGGUACAAUUAACACUAUAACGGACGCAAUAAUACCUGAGUCAUUGUCGUCGUCUGGCCAUAAGUGUCUUGGUGUAUAGGCAUUAACGUACAGGACGUGCAUACAGCUCACACCCGUACCCCCAUCCCUUCAAAUCGUUACUUGGCGGCUUCUCAACAUUUCUACUUAAAUCGUUAUUAAACACACCUAAACUCCAUUCCAUCUAUUCCCUCAUUUCUCUUUUUUCAUUAUUUAACACUAGCAAACUUCAACCAAAUUCGCUCUCUAUCUACUCACAAUUCCAACAGACGAUCACCGAUCUCAGUCCGUCACGACCUUUUCGUGAACACCUAAUAAAAAGUGAGCUUCCAUCUUGAAGAAUACUCGGAUAAACUGUGACAGUGAAUUAUUGAACACUAACCUAUCUAGACCUUAUCAAACUUAUUUUAUUAUCCACCAACACGAUGGGCUUCGGCGGCGUCCUUCGCGCCAUCGUUAUUCUCCUACUAGCAGUAGGGCACGGAUUUUUUGCAGCAUUUGUCGAAAAUGAGCUGCUACCGUACUUCACACAACACGGAACGGGCUCGGCUAUUAACAACGCCCGUGAGGUUUUCGCUUACCUCGUCGCUUCAGCUACGCUCCUUGGUUUGUUGUUCUUGCUCCUGGUCUCAACCAUAUGCAGCCACAAUAGGAGGAAGGCGUCGGAAGAGGCAAAAAGUCGUGCUGAUACCUGCAUUCGCGCCUUCAGAAUUAUCCUCUCGCUGGCAGUAGAAGCCGCGCUUAUCACCGUGGCAUGUCUUUCGGUAAACCAUGCGUGGGGUUGGAGUAAAUACUUCCAAAUAGAAGGCAUUGAGCACCUCUCAUCAACCUGCUAUCAUCUUUCACGGUUGAUUUUAGUUACCCUUAUACUAGCAGCUUUCAGCCUGUUUGCCAUCCUCGUCAAAGUAGUAUACGGGAUAGUUUCCAGGAAAUAAUUGGCGACAUAUUUGAUGGAAGUUGUGGAAAUUGUGAAGGAUUUCGUUGAAACUUUUAGGAUGGUUCUGGGAGUUGUCUAGGGAGUCGAUGCGGGAAUGUAGUAGUAAUUGGUUGUUGGAUUUAUUCAAGGAGUUAUGGCGGCUCAGUGUACGAUUUAGUGGUUCAACUAGGUAUUGCAGUAUCCUCGGUACUUUUCAUCGUUUGCUGUGUUCUGUGGUGUUUGAAGACGUGAUAUAAACGAAUGAAGA